AUGACGACCUCCAUAUUCACUUUCACUUUAUUCCUCCCUCUCUUCCUUCUCUUCUCAUCAACCUUCACUCCCAUAACCGCCAACAACCUCAUCUCUGAAACCUGCAAAAAAGCUGCUCAGAACGACCCCAACCUGAGCUACAAGUUCUGCCUGACUUCUCUCCAAGCCGCCCCAAACAGCUCUGGCGCCGAUCUCCGGCAACUCGGCCUCAUCUCCAUGAAGCUAGUCCAGCACAACGUGACUGACACGAGGCGGUUCAUCAAGAGCCUUCUCAAGAACAAGAAGCUGGACAAGUUUGUAAGAGCAUGUUUGGAUGAUUGUUUGCAGCUUUACACAGACGCCAGACCCACCAUCAAGCAAGCCAUCAAGGAUUACAAGAUGAAGCACAACGAGGACGCCAAUAUCCUGGUCAGUUCGAUCGUCGAUGCCUCCACGACUUGCGGAGAUGGAUUCGAGGAGAGACAGUUGGUUUCGCCAUUAACGAAGAGGAACAACGAUACGUUUCAGCUGUGUAUCAUAUCACUCUCGAUUAUCAAUAUGGUUAGUUCGACGUUAUAUUAAAGAAAGAGGCUAUGCAUGGCUGUCUGUGUUUUAUGAAUUUGUAAUCUUAUUAUUGGGUUAUUGUGGUCCAUUGGCUGCUUUUGUUUGUAAGGUUGUUUCUGAAAUCAGCUAGCUGUAAC